AUGUCACGAAAUAACAAAAAGCGAAAGUCAAAUGCGCUUGCACCAGUAAUUGAAGAAAUUGAUUUACCGCGAGGUGGAGGUGAUCCUUCUGUAAUUCCUCUCAAGUUUAAGAAGGAAAAGACUGAAAACGACGAUCUAUUUGGACAGGAAGUAGUUGCGGCAAAAUCUUCCGCUAGAAAGAAGCGAAAGAUCAAUUCUAACUUAACUCCCGAAAAUUCAACUAACUUAAAAGGAUCCUCUAAAACUGAAUUUGUGGAAUUUUUAAACUUUCAUGUAAUAUCGCUUCCCAAUCAAAUGAAAGGGACAGUACAAAUUAUAAACAUUUCUGAUCAAUUAACCGAAAUUGCCAAUGAAGUUGUUAAUGCCGAAAGAUUCGAUGAGAAAUAUUCAUCAAUUGAUUUAUCGAACUUUUUUAAAAUCGGUCAAUGGGUUCGUUGUGUUAUUAUUGAACUUGAACGACGUGAUGAGAUGACAAAUGAUAAGACCACUACGAAACAUAAACCUCAUAAAGUUAUUGGAUUGAGUUUAUCACCGAAAGAAGUCAAUCGUGAUAUAGAACAGGAAGAUUUAGUUAAAGGCUUGAUAAUUGCGGCAUCAGUUAGAAGCGUUGAGGAUCAUGGUUAUAUUCUUGAUAUUGGAAUGAAGAAUAUUAAUUGCUUCUUGAAUACCAAAAAUUCAAAAAAUUAUGAAAAAAAAUUCAAUGAUAAUCGGCCACUUUCUGUUGGACAAGUAUUAAAUGUUAGCAUUCUCCAUGUCAAACGUAGUCAUUUUAUUGAAGUUACUGCAGACCCGGAUAUUCUUUCGAAUUCAAUAUUAUCCGAAAAGAAUUUACAUAAUAUUAAUUCAUUAACUCCCGGAAAUAUGGUUAAAGCACGAGUGGAUAAUGUUGUACAAAAUGGAAUCUUUUGUAAUGUGAUUGGUAUAAAUUGUGAAAUUGAUACAUUUCAUAUGGGAAAAAUUUUAUCAGAAGAGAAUCUUGAGGAUAAUAAUCAAAUUAAAAUUGGAGAUGAGAUUUGUGCUAGAAUUAUUUUUGUAUCAAUUACAAAUGAAUCGAAAAAAAUUAGAUUAUCAAUCGUUCCACAUGUUCUUCGAUUAGAAUAUAUUAACAAUGAUAAUUUUCCAAUUGGAACAAACUUUUUGACGAUCACCAUUAAGAAAAUCAUGAGUUCCGGAUUAAUUGUAAAGAUUGAUAAUUCAAAUAUACCAGGUUAUAUUCAUAUUUCUCGUGUUUCCGAUAAUCAUAUCAAAUCACUACCUGAAUCUAAUAAUGAUUUUGAAAUUGGUUCAACUCAUUCUGUUCGAGUAAUUGGAUAUUCUUCUGUGGAUGGUCUUUUGUUAUUAUCUAUGCAGAAAUCUGUGCUUGAUCAAAAAUAUUUGAGACAUGAAGAUGGCACGAUUCAAAAAAUUCUGGAGAAUGGAAUUUUAAUUGCCUUAUCGGAUAACAUAAUUGCUUUAGCCCCUCGAAUUCAUCUUGGUGAUACAAUUCAUAAACAUUUUGGAAAGAAAUUUGAAUUGGGUCAAGUUGUCAAGUGUCGUGUUCUAAAUGUUGAAAUUAAUGAAUUUGAGAGUAAGAUUUGGGUCACAUUAAGAAAUUCACUUCUUGAUCCUGACCUACCUAUAAUAAAUUCAUAUCAAGAAGCCGAAGUUGGUAUGAUUACUCGUUGUACAAUAACCGGAGUAAUUGGACGAGGGUGUCACGUUUCUUUCUUUGGUAAUGCUCAUGCAUUUGUCCCGGCGGAUCAAUGUGACGUUAAUAGUCAAAAUAUAAAAGAACAUUUUGUAAUUGGACAAAUUGUAAAAUGUCGAAUUAAAUCAGUUAUGAAAGAUAAAAAAUCAAUGCUAGCCACUUUUAGGAUUAACGAUCCUACAAAUACGGAUAUUAGCGAAAUCAAAAUAGGCGAUUUAGUGAAGGGUAAAAUAAUACAAACCAAAGAUGAUGUGAUAAUGCUAUCUUUGGUACCUUCACAAAUUCGUGCGGUACUUCCUAUAACACAUCUUUCUGAUCACCUCACACCAACUCAUCUUUCAAAAGUUGUUGAUAAAUUAAAACAGGAUGAAGUAUUAAAGAAUUUAUUGGUAAUUUCAAGAAAUGAAGAUAAAUGUACGGUGACUGUAAGUGCAAAACCUAUUUUAAUAAAAGCGGUAAAAGCUGAAAAAUUACCGCAAUCAUUGGAAGAAGUUGAAGUUGGUAGUAUAAUUCCGGGUUAUAUAAAAAUUGUUAAAGAUUACGCGGUUUUUGUGAAUUUCUUGGGAAAUUUUAGCGCUAAAGCUAUGAGACAUAAUAUCGCUGACCAUUUUGUAGCUAGUCCAGUUGGAAUAUUUUCUCCAAAUCAAUCAGUUUUAUGUCACAUAACUUCUAUUAAUUCAGAGACCUCGAGAUGCGAAGUUUCUUUGAAGCCUUCCGACACAAAUGAUACAACUUCUUCUUCUUUUCCAUCUUAUCUCAAGGAAGGAGAUUUUAUAAAAACAUAUUUUGCUGAAUUACAAGAAAAUAAAUAUUUAGAAGAACCACCUAUCAAAAUUGGUGAUCGUGUCAAGUGUCAAGUGAAAGAGAGAACACUUAAAUCUGGAAUUAUGGGAUUUACGGCAAAAGUCCUUUUAAAUGGUAAUGGUAAUGGAAAUAUCGAUAUGGAAGCUUUUAUUAAUGAAGAUCACGCCAACACUUAUGAAAAUAUUAAGGAAGGUGAUAUUAUUUAUGGAAUUGUUCUUGAUAUGGAUAUAAAAAAGAAAACCGUGGAUUUAGGAAUAAGACCUGAUUUAGUGAAUUCUAAAAAAAUCAAUGGUAUCGAAAACCAUCAAAACCCAAUCUCAUCUCAUAACAAAAAAUUAAAAAAAUUUGUAGAUACAGAAGAAAACUUUGAUGCAAUUAUUGAACUAAUAAAAGAGGAUUAUAUUAUAGUAUCUUUACCAGAUCUAGAUAAUGUAAUUGCAUUUUCGGCAUCCAAAAAUUACAAUAAUAGAUCUCAACCUUUUAUGAAAUAUAAAUUUGAACAAAGAACCAAAGCUAAAAUUGUAUAUGUUCCUCGAAAUAGAGAUCCUAAUUAUGUGAAAAUACAUGGAACUAUUAGUAGAGUUUUAAUAACUAUACAACUUCCUUCCGAAGAAAGAUUAUCUAUUACAAAUGACACAAAAUCUAUAGAAGAUUUUUCUCCCGGUCAAUUAAUUGAAGGUAACAUUACCGGUAUCGAAAAAUAUGGGAUUUUUAUGAAAAUUAAAGAUACUGGUAUAAGUGGAUUAUGUCAUAUAUCAAAAUUAUCAGAUGAUUAUGUUAAAGAAAUAUCUGAAUUAUAUAAAAUUGGACAAAAUGUAAAAGCUGUAGUUUUAGAAGUUAAUCGAAAGAAUCAAAAAAUUUAUUUUGGUCUUAAAGCUUCAUGUUUUCAAUUAUAUAAUUUGGAAUUACCUAAUGAUUCAUCUGUUCCAGAUAAGAUGAUGAUUGAUGAUGAUGAAUGUGAGAUUAAUUUGGAAGAUAAGGAAAAUCAUCAGGAAUCUAAAAAUAUUAAUGAUGAAAUGAUUAUUUCCGAUGAAACAGGAAACACUUCCUCCACUACUAUUAUUACUGAAGUUAAACCAUUACCCUUUUUCAGUACAUGGAAAUGGGGAAAUGAAAAUGAUGAUAAUAAUUUAUUUAAAGUUCAAAAUGGUCAAAAUGAUCAAAAUAGAGAAAUAAAUUUAUUAGAAGAUAAAACAGAAGACUUACAAAAUCAGAAACCUGAAGCUGAUGAAGAUUUUGAACGAUUAUUGUUAACUUCACCUAAUUCAUCUUUUUUAUGGAUUAAUUAUAUGGCACACCAACUUAAUCUCUCUGAAAUUGAUAAGGCACGUGAAAUUGGAGAAAGAGCACUCAAAACAAUUAAUUUUCGUGAAGAACAAGAAAAAUUGAAUAUAUGGAUUUCUCUUCUCAAUCUUGAGAAUACUUUUGGAACUGAUGAGAGUCUUGCUAAUGUGUUUAAGCUUUGGACAAAAAUGGGACUCUUUCAUAUUCAAAAUGGCAAUAUUCAAGCUUUUCGUGAUUUACUUCAACGAUGCUUGAAUAUUUUACCAAAACGAAAAAAUGUCAAGACUAUAACUCAAUUUGCGAAAAUGGAAUUUAAAUAUGGGGAAGCCGAACGAGGUCGUACUAUUUUUGAAGGAAUGAUGAGUAAUUAUCCUAAGCGAGUAGAUUUAUGGUCAAUAUAUAUUGAUAUGGAAGUCAAAGUUGGUGAUCCAAUAAUUAUUCGGCGACUUUUUGAGAGAAUUACGGGGAUGAAAUUUUCAUCUAAAAAGAUGAAAUUUUUCUUUAAAAAAUGGUUAAAUUAUGAAAAAGAACAUGGUGACGUUGAAAAAAUUGAAAAAGUUAAGCAAAAAGCUCAGGAUUUUGCGGAAUCGUUAAAUCUAACAUCAAAUAACCUAUCAAAUUAA